AUGGCGAGUCUGAGAGUUCCUCCGGUUCCACUUUCGGCGAGGGAAGAUGCUACCACCCUCUACAAGGCCUUCAAAGGUAAAUUUUCCAAGGGAGUAUGUCCUGUGCUUUCUCUGCGGCUAGUCGAGCCCAUUCUUUAUUCUACCUGUACAACCCUCCACGCCAUCUACGCAGAUGGCACCUUAGGCCGAGAAGAUUUAGCAUUCCCAUUGUAUCACUAGGCUUUUGCUUGCUCUUCAAUUGUAUCAGGAAUUCACCCUAGCUCUGCGGUUUGGGGCAACUCGUGUUUCUUGGAAGAUUAAUGACUUACGGAAAUUCAAUAAAAUAACAAUCAAAAUAUUUACCUCUUGUCAUGAACUUACGCUUGAUCAUUCUUGAUUGGCUUAGGUUGGACAUUUAUUAAACCUUAUUUUUUCUUCCAUCAUCUGGUUCUUAUCUCAUACAAUAGAACUGGCCUUUUAUUGAAGACCGAUGACAACUCAAAUCUGAAAACAGCUCGUAUAAUGGUCUCUUAAAUUUUCAAACUGUAAAGUACAUGGCAUAUAAACGAGAGAAAUCAUAAUGGUAGCAAGUCCAAAAAUUGUUGCAACUUUCGUGUAGGAUUUUAAGCUUUGCACAGGUUAGAUGAUGUCAUCAGCUUCUGAAGUAUGCGAGUCUUUCUCCAAUUCACUGGUGAACAUUUGGUACAUGAAAUACCACAAAGAAAACGGAUUACUUAUAUGAUGAAAGAUCGAGAAAGAGGGGUGGAAGAAAUUGGUUUUGUGGGAUAGUCUGGUAUGAACAUUAGAUCUCUCGGUUGGGGUCUCAUCAGUCGCAACCUUGAGAACCCACCUAUUUAUUACAUCUGUGGAAGUGUCAAUCCUUCUUUGCAGAUAAACUAUUUCCCAUCAUGAAGACCUUGGAAGCUCAGUAUUUUGGAACCCCAGAACUUUUUUUAGCUUUGUUCCUAUUUUUCUGGUCCAUCUUCGGAUUAAUGUUUUUGUAAUGUUCAUGAUUUUUCUUUGCAGGCUUUGGUUGUGAUACUGGGAAAGUUAUCAAUGUUCUUGCGCACCGUGAUGCAACACAACGUGCUUUUAUCCAACAAGAAUACAAGUCAAUGUAUGGAGAAGAUCUCACAAACCGCUUGCGUUCGGAGUUGAGUGGAAACCUUGAGGUAAUACCACACUAUCGCUAAUUCAGUUCGGAAAUUGAUGGAAAAUGCAUGUUCCGUUGUAAAAAUUUAUCCGUUCUGCCUGUGGGUAUCCACGGUGAGUAGAUUUUAUGUCUUGACUCUUGUGUAAUAUAUAUCACAUAUAAUGUUUCCAAUAGGUGGAUGCCGAUCAAUUUCAUGGGUUUUCUGUAGGAUGCAGUUCUGCUUUGGAUGCAUGGGCCAGCUGAACGUGAUGCAGUCAUAGUGAGGGCUGCAUUAAGUGGGGACAUCAGUCAGACCCAUGUUGCAAUUGAAGUUAUAUGCUCUCGAACAUCUUCACAGAUUCAGCUAUUUAAACAGGCAUAUCGAACAAAGUUUGGUUCAGUUCUUGAAAAUGACAUUCAAUCUCGUGCAAACGACGAUACCGGAAAGGUACUUCUAUUCCUUCACCCCAUUUGCCCCGCUAUAUAUACCUCAUACUCGUGAAGACAUCGUUGUUGCAAGAUCUGUGCUGAAUAGAAAAUUGGGGAAUACAAUUUUUUUUCCAACCAUAGUUCUCUGUUUUCAAGUAUCUCUUUAUAAUUCCAUUAAUAGUUGCACACAUACACGCUGUUCUAGUUUAUUUUAAAAUGUUAGCAUUGAAGCUUGAGAACGCUCGCUUUUAUCCUUUAAAUGAUGUAACUAUAGUUGCAUUUAUGCAUCACAGUAAAGGAUAUCAAAUCCUUGGAAUUGUUGUUAUUUUUGCUACUACGAUAUUCGUAUAAAUUUAUUUUUUCAGUCUUUAAUUUUUCUUGGAAUCGAUUGAAAUUAGCCAUUUUGCUUCAUUAUGUUUACAUGAUUGGAAUUCGUUUCACUCAUCUAACCUGACCGGAACAUGCAACAAGAACCACGCAGAAUUAGUCAACGUGUGUCUUGAUCUCAAGGUUGCCAACCUGGCCCCCUCUCUGUCUGACGUUAGGUUUGGAUAUGUUUGCACAAAGUUGACCUUUGGUUGGAGUGUGCAACAUCCAACCCAGGGAGUUGACCCAUCACAAGGGAUUCUGCGAGUAAACUCAGUUAUACUAGAUUUAGAACAUCAAUUAUACAAUGAUGCCAAAGUUCCCGUCAGAACAAUAGAUUUUGAACCAGUAAUGACAGAAGCUAUCUUCAACCUGCAUUUUAGCGAGCUUCUGAACGUGAAAGCCAUUGAAAACAGGCGUGUGACUGACUGUCUGACCGAAUCCAGCGUGCCAAAGAAAUAAUUUGGCCGUUAAUCUGCUGUUCUUGCAAAGUCAAUGCCUGAUAGUAGCCCCUUGUGAAAAUUUCCGACGUCUUAUUGUAUUGCUUUGAAAACUAAUGCAGCUGCUUCUGUUGUAGCUCCUACUUGCGUUUGUGAGCAAACAUCGUUAUGAAGGCCCCGAGGUCGACCAAAGGAUGGUAGAUAAAGAUGUUAGAGAUCUAUAUAAAGCUGGUGAGAAGCGAUUGGGGACCGACGAGGAUACCUUCAUUCGCAUAUUUAGUGAACGUAGCCGCCCACAUCUGGCUGCUGUUGCUUCCUUUUACAAGAGCAUGUACGGAAGCACACUUGAAAAGGUGGUGUACGCAAUCUUUGGCAGUUCCCACGGGCUCCCACAUCAAUAAAAGUAAAACUAAUAGUUUGGGGCCUUCUGCAGGCUGUCAAAGGUGAAACCUCUGGCAAUUUUGAGUUUGCUCUGCUUACAAUCCUUCGAUGUGCCCAGAACCCUGCACACUACUUUGCAAAGGUACGUUUUGGAGUGGGGUUUCGAGGUAAAUCAUGAAUCUGCGAGUAUAAUCUACCACCCUUUUUCAGAUCCGAAGAACUUGCCAUAGAACUUCAUGGAUCAUCUGUUUCUAGCUCAAUCAAUGACUUAUCUUUAAAAUCCGAAAAAGGGUUAAUCUAGUAGGAAUAGGCCAACUCUACUGAGUUUCAUGGCUGGAGAACUGAUGAUUGUUCUUAGAUCAAUUCUUAUGAAAUCGACCCGUUAGCAGGUUUGAUGUUAAGAUAAUUUCCUUUUUGGCAUAAGCUGACUGGAUCAGUUGACUAGUGAAUUUCAGGGUUGGAUCAUAUGAACCCGCAGUCUUUUCCAUUCUCCUUUCCGAAAAUAUUCCGAUUAUACUUAGCGUGGUAUUAUCCCAGGAACUGUACAAGGCGAUGGAAGGACUGGGUACCAAGGACAGCAAGCUCAUAAGGAUUGUGGUGACCCGCGCAGAGAUCGACAUGCAGUACAUCAUGGCGGAGUUCCAGAACAAAUACAAGAAGACUCUGAGCGCCGCCAUACAUUCGGAGACGUCCGGUCACUAUCGAGCAUUCCUCCAUGCUCUCGUGGAACCUUCCCUCUAG